AUGGCAUUCUUACGCGACAUUGUAUCUGUCUUGAUGGUCUGCAUGAGCUACCAGGCUGUUCUCGGCUACCCCCAGAAUGCCAAUACUGGCGCGGGUUUUCCUGCACCCGAGCAAUCCAACGAACAGUCUCCUACGGUGCAAAGCUUUUCCAAACUUUCUACCUCCUGUCAGCUCGCCGCGAGUAGUUUACUGGGCGGCUCAUUCGGACAAUGCGCCGACCUGAUGGGACUGGUCUCAAUUAUGGAAUCGAAAGAUUCCAUUAUUUCUCCGAUCAACGAUUGGGUCUCCCAAGCAUGCUCAUCAGCACCCUGUGAUCAGCAGGCGUUAGGUUCUGCGAGCGAAAUCAUCAAGAGCGGCUGUCAGAUUGACUUACAGGAGCAAUCGGUCGCAGCUGUGACUAUCUAUUCCAUCAUCACGCACUACAAACAAACUAGAGAUAUGUUUUGCACGCAACUUAAGGCAGAUGGAAGCUUCUGCCUUCCUUCGGUGUUAGGAAACGUCGAGGCUCAAAGCGGCGAAAAAAUCACUGUUUCUGAAGUGAUUUCAUUGAUUGCCGGAAAACUUACGCGAGCCGACCGGGCGUUUCUGUCUGUUUCAAAGGAGGCCUACUGCACUGAUUGCGGCCAGGCAGUCGUAAGUCAAUCAGCUAUUAUGAUUGAUGCGAUAGCCAAAGACCCCGCCGGAAUCAUUUUCGACUACGAUUUCAUUUCCAACGAUACCGUCCACAAGUUUACCGACGUCUGCGGCCCUUCUUUUGGGGACAAAGCUCUACCCGCCACAGUAAGAAUUGCUGAGCCCAAAUCUGAAGAUUCCCCGCAGGAAGACUUUGACAACGCAGCCUUAGGGUCUCAAGAAUGA